AUACGUCAUCCUGGCAACCCGAUCCAUCUGUCAAACAUUCUGUCAGUGGGAUUGGGCAGGACACAAUAUUAAAGUUAGAAGUGUAUAAAUCUUCUGUACAAAAUAAACAGAGCACGAGUACCAACGCACUCCAGGCGGCAUGGGCUCAGGAGAAAGCACGACGAGAAAAGUGUCUUUUGGUGUGGACGAUGAGGACAGAGUCAGAAUUCUCCGUGGAAUCAAGCUUUCAGAAGAUGUUCUUCAGAGAAUGAGAGGUGUGGCCAACAUUCCUCCACAGCGUGUACAGAAAGAUACAGGUGCUACAUUCAGUGCCACCUCCAGCACUAAACCCCAGCAGAACCCCCAGCAACAUGCCCAUUUAAACACCCAGUCCAAGCCUAGCAAAACAGCUGCCAAAGUCCAGGAAGAACAGUGGAGGGCUGAUCACCAAAAGAGCAUUUUGAGAGAGGAGACAAGAAAAGGGAAGGAGGACAUGAUUAAGGAGAUGAGUCAGGAGAGGCAACAUACACGUGAGGAGGCUGAGAAGACCAGACACUUGGCUCAAGAGCUCCAGAAGAAAGAUUUACGACUGAAAGCACUGGAUGCUUUUUACAAGGAGCAAGUGGCUCUACUGGAAAAGAGGAAUUUGGAAAUAUACGCACAGAGCAAGGAGAAAUUUCACCAAGCUGCAACCAUGACAGAAUCCAACGUGAGGUCUCGGAGUACAGACGGCGUAUGUCCUGGCCUUCAGGCUCAGAUUUUAUCAUGCUACAAGGUGAAUGGACAGCAAACUUUAAGAUGUUCAGACCUGGCCAAGGAAUACAUGCGAUGCAUCAAUGUGGCAAAGAGGAACUACCUGGUGAACCAUGGAUGAAGAAAGAGCACAAAAGCUUUUUUUGACAAAGGCUUUUACUACACAUCCAAAGCAUCAUCUUUUAUCAUGAAAGCUUGGUCGAAUUAUGGGAGAUUCAAGUUGUUAGCAUGCCUUUAUUUUCUUUUAUGCUAUUUAUCUACGUUAACAUCCAUUGAAAUUACACUAUAAUUCUGCACUGCGGCUUUUUACACAGGACAAGAAAAAAAAGUCAAUAUUGGGUUUGAGGUCUGACUCUAUACAGUUUCAAAUCAAUCUUUUACUGGAUAAUUGAAGCUGUUUGCCCUAUUGAAACAGUGAAGAUGCAUUCAAGGUUCUUUCAUGCAUCACAUGAAUGUCAGCUUCAGUUUGCCUCUGAAUUUCUGCUGCUAGUUGGCGAUAAAAAAGAUGAAUGUAUUUGAACUCUGCGCAAAAUUAUUAUUCAGAUAGACCGCUUUCAAGAUUUGUGAUUUUCUACUUCACCCAGGAAUUUGAGUUGGCCAAGAGUCAGCAACCUUUUUAUCUGAAACCAUUUGAGAUCCCAGUGAAAAGAAAGUACUCGGAGCCACAACUUAUUUUGACAUCCCAUAUCUAUCUGUGUCCUGAUAUUUAAGAAAUAAAAAUCCAAAUAUACCCAAUCUGUAAUAAACAAAAAGGGCAAUGCUGCAGAUGACAUCUGCCUCUGUGUUUGAUGAUUUUAUUGUAUAUAGUACUGGAUUGUGCAAUCAGUUGUCCCCCUCAUGUUUGAGAGACAAAAAUCCAAAUUCAACGGCAUAUUAUCCAGUGGCAAUUAACCAACAAUGACCGUCCGCUGCAUAAGUUCCAUUGCGUCCACUCAACUGUCCUCAUCUUAUUUAAAAGACAAAAAUUAAGAUUUUUUUUCUUAAUUUCUUAAUGUCUUUCUUCUUUUAUUAAGAGAUUAUUAAGAUAAUUUGCUCCUUAAACUUGCCGUACAGCGUCUUCACAUCAGGGGACGUCACCUUCAUCUUUAAAGGGUACCACGGAUAGAAAGACAUGUAGUUCUUAAAAGAUAAAUGUUAGUACAAGCUCGCCAUUGUUGUUGACGUCGC